CUUCCUCGGGCUCGGACUCCAGUGACAUAGAGACUCUCGAGUGCCCCGGUCCUGAUGAUUUUUACGAGGACCACGCCCUGGCCUACGAUUCCAUGCACUCCUCCCUCAUGUCCUGCUCCCUGCGCAGUUUUACCUUUGUGGGCGACUCAGAAGCUUCUGUGGAUAGUCUGUGCCAUGAUGGCACCAUGGUGGCCAGUAGAGCCGUCUGGGAAGGUGUCAUCCCAGGUGAAGCAGAUGUAGAGAGCCUUGCCAGCACAGAUAUUUCCGUGCUGGAUGAGGAGAAGGAGAAAAUUGCUGAUGAAGAAACAGACCUCUCUCUGGCCUCCUCGCCUUCACUCCCAGAUGAUCUUCCAGCAAUAAAACCUGACACCCAGUACCGCCAUACCCCAGACAGAGACCUCAACUCUCGGCUGAACAUCGUGGUUGCACUCACACUGGCCUGUGUACUUGGGCUUGGCUUAGGACAUUUCCUUGGCCUAGUGGAUCUGUCUGUGGAGAGCAUUGACAAAGGUUGGUCCAGCCGCAGUAUGUGGCAAGACACACUGAACUCUGCUCAGCUCAUUGAGAAGAUGAAUCAGGAGAAUGGGAAUCUUUGGAAGUCUCACGACUUCAGCAAGAAAAUGUCACACCAUUCAAGAUCACAGGCAAGGAUGGGAAACAUGCAAGAGACCUACGGGAGCGCAUAAAUCGGCUCAUAGUAGAGAAUGAGGAGCUGCGCAUGGCCAUAGGGAAGCUGCAGUUCUCUAGCCUUCCCGAUGGGGACACAGGUGCCUUCAACACUGCCCUUGACAAGAACUACAACCUUCGCGUUGCAGUUGGAAAGCUCACGUAGGUCUUCUCAAAAUUCCCAUCAAACC